AUGUCUGUCCAUGUCGUCUUGCCAGUCGCGCUUUUCUAUGGUGACUUGGUCAGUGAUGCCUUGGUCAUGAGCAAAUUCUGGCAAGCUCAGCACUAUCAAUAUUUCACGCUUAAUGCCUUGGCUAUUCUGGCUGGACUGGUGACCACAAGUGUGAUAGGAUCUGCAGGUAUGGGCAGUGCAAGCGAGGCAUUGCAGCCUAUAAGGGGCUGCAUGGCCGUGCUAACAUUUCUGCAUGUCAUACCAUUGUAUUGCUUCUUCUUCGCAUUUUGGCAAUUCGCAGAUGCAAAAUUUGCCACAUACAAGUCUGAUGCCUUUGACCGCCGGCUGAGAGAUAAAGGUCUCACCGCAUUGAUGGCUUCCUCAAUCAUUGGUGAGACAUUUGGGGAAGCAAUGCUGAGUUCGUUUGUGCAGCUGUACGCGGCACUUCGUCACGGACCACUGCAGUGGCCAUCCCUCUUGGCAUGUUCUGUUCUGCUGAGUCUGAUCUCACUUGGUGAGUCCUUCUCCAAGAUCGAUAAGUUCGGUCAUGUAAGUCGUUAUCGACAGGGGCAGGCCGUUGUGGUCGGCCUAGCCAAGCCGCAGUCCGUGGCGUAUGCCGCCCUGUUGCUCUACAGAUGGCUGGCGGUCUGCAGCCGAUUGCUUCUUUUCCCGCUGUUUCAGCUGGCAUUGCGUGAGGACUGGCUAUUUCUGCUCCUUGUUUUUGUUGAUCAACGAGCAGGGAAUUUCUUUGACUUAGUGACGCUUCUUGGGAGGAACUUCAGCUUUGGCAUGUUGCUUACGGGGGCUCCCUUCUAUGGAUCGCUGAUUGCAUUCUCCAAGCAGGUGAAUGUGGAGUUGCAUGCACUUCUCCAUUGUGCCGAGUCGGUGGCUGCAAUCUGGAUGGCCAGUGCAUUUGGGAGUGGAGUCCCGGCAUUGUGGGAAGAACACGGCUUUGCCCUCCGACUGUUCCUUGCCUCUAGUGUGAUUCAAUGGCCUUUACUCCUGAUGCUGCGCUGCUUCUGUUCCCACCAACUUCCAAGCCAUGAUUUCCUGGCUGUGAGGGAUGAUUGCCUUUCUGAAGAAGCACAAAGCAUGUGCGACUCUUGUGACGCAAAGAUCCCGUUAUAUGUGGCGGCAAUUGUUCCCUUCACGAUGAAAGUGGCUGUGAUGUGGCAAAGUUGUUUGAUCUCAUGA